AUAAUAUAACCAGCUCUCAUUUUUCCUUUUCACUCUUCAACAAAUUUCACAGAUUCAUUGUAAAUUUGUUCUUGGUAAUUCACUAAUUCGUAAAAAAUUCUUCAAUAAUUUUGUAUCCCCUAAAACCCUAAAAAGGGUUUACAUCGAAAUCGAAAACUAAAUUAUAGAUUUCUAUAUUACCUGCAUAUUUUUCAAGAUUGAGAGAAACAAAAAUGGAGGUUACGCUGUCGUUUGCAGCUGAUAAUCCUCCAUUAUCAGUCAUUGCUGCUGCUAAAAUUGCUGGGAUUUCUCUCUCUCCUGACCCAUCUCUGCCAUCUGGCUCUGUUCCCAAGUUUAUCUUCUCAAAUGGGUCAAGCCUCCGUGGAACCUUGGUCCUUCUGCGAUAUAUUGGCAGAGUUGCGGAAAACCUGACUCUAUAUGGGAAAGAUUUAUAUCAGACUGGAGAGAUUGAUCAAUUGUUUGAGUAUCUACCUAUUCUUGAGAAAGGAUCUGAGUUUGAAGCAGGUUGCAGCUAUCUGGAUACCUACUUAUCGACUAAUACCUUAUUGGUUGGCCAUGAGGUGUCGAUUGCUGACAUCUUCUUGUGGGCUGCCCUUGCUGGUACUGGCCAAAGGUGGGAAAGCUUGAGAAAAUCCAACAAGAAAUACCAAAACUUGGUGCGUUGGUAUAACUCUCUAAGCUCUGAAUUCAGUGCUUUGAGUGAGGUGUUGCAGUCGUAUGCUGGGAAAAGGGGCUCAGGGAAGCCAGUUGGCGGGAAAUCAAAAGACCAAGAGUCUCGAAAUGAAUCGAAGAGCACUGGUGGUGACAUCAAAACAACCAGCCGAUCUGAAAUAGAUCUUCCUCAUGCUGAAGUUGGGAAAGUUUGUGUAAGGUUUGCUCCAGAGCCUAGUGGGUAUCUUCACAUUGGACACUCAAAAGCAGCAUUGUUGAAUAAGUAUUUUGCUGAAAGGUAUAAAGGACGUCUGAUUGUGCGCUUUGAUGACACAAACCCAGCCAAAGAGAGUAACGAAUUUGUUGAUAACCUUCUCAAGGAUAUUGAGACUCUGGGUAUUGUUUAUGAUGAUGUUACAUAUACUUCUGAUUAUUUCCCUAAGUUGAUGGAAAUGGCUGAAAAUUUGAUCCGCCAGGGUAAAGCAUAUGUUGAUGAUACACCACGUGAGCAAAUGCAGAAAGAAAGAAUGGACGGGAUUGAAUCGAAAUGCAGGGAUAAUAGUGUGGAGAAAAACUUGGAGUUGUGGAAGGAAAUGAUUGCAGGAUCUGAAAGGGGUUUAAUGUGUUGCAUUAGAGGCAAGCUGGAUAUGCAGGAUCCAAAUAAAUCCUUGCGAGACCCUGUUUACUACAGAUGUAAUCCAAUGCCUCAUCAUCGGAUAGGGUCCAAGUAUAAGGUGUACCCAACCUAUGACUUUGCCUGUCCAUUUGUAGAUUCUGUGGAAGGAAUAACACAUGCUCUAAGGUCUAGUGAAUAUCAUGAUCGCAAUGCUCAAUAUGACAGGAUUCAACAGGAUAUGGGACUAAGAAAAGUUCAUAUAUAUGAAUUUAGUCGACUAAAUAUGGUCUAUACUCUUCUUAGCAAGCGAAAGCUUCUCUGGUUUGUUCAAAAUGGAAAGGUGGAUGGCUGGGAUGACCCUCGGUUCCCCACCGUGCAAGGCAUUGUCCGUAGAGGGCUGAAGAUUGAUGCUUUAAUCCAGUUCAUACUUGAGCAGGGGGCAUCCAAAAAUCUCAAUCUCAUGGAAUGGGAUAAGCUCUGGACCAUAAACAAAAAGAUCAUUGAUCCUGUGUGUGCUAGACACACUGCAGUGAUUGAAGAGUGUCGCGUUUUGGUGACUCUGACUGAUGGCCCUGAGCAACCAUUUACUCGUAUUAUACCCCGUCAUAAAAAGUAUGAAGGUGCCGGAGAGAAGUGCACAACAUUCACUAAGAACAUAUGGAUCGACCAUGCUGAUUCAGAGGCCAUCUCUGUCAAUGAAGAAGUAACUUUCAUGGACUGGGGUAAUGCCAUUAUCAAAGAGAUCAAGAAAGACGAGGCUGGGAAUGUUGCACAGUUAAUAGGGGUUCUGAAUCUAGGUGGAUCAGUCAAAACCACUAAGUUGAAGCUAACCUGGCUGCCUGAGAUUGACGAGUUAGUUAAACUUCAACUUGUGGAGUUUGAUUACUUGAUUUCAAAGAAGAAGGUGGAAGAGGAUGAGGAUUUCCUCGAUGUGCUGAACCCUGUCACUAAGAAAGAGACUUUAGCUAUUGGAGAUGCAAACAUGCGAAAUCUGAAACAUGGAGAAGUUAUUCAGUUGGAGAGGAAGGGAUACUUCAGAUGCGAUGUUCCCUAUGUGAGACAUUCAAAGCCAAUUGUUCUCUUUGCUAUCCCAGAUGGGAGGCAACAUUAAGGUAACUUGUUGGGCACCUAGAAGUACAAAUAAGCGUGACUCAUUUACUUCUGUGACUUGAAGAUAUGAAGGCUACUGGAUGCAGAGGAAUAGAGGAUUGUUUACUUGGUUCUGGGAGAUUUUGUUGUAAGAUGCAGUUGAGGAUUGAAUUCGAAGUGAAUUAGCCCCUUAGUUUGAGAAUUGAUCCAAAGCUAUAGAUCCUAACCUCACCCCCUUGUCCUGUACGUCGGCUCAAAAUCAUGUUUUUCCAUUGCAAGACAUAUGGUGUUGAAAUCCUUUGUUUUCAUUCCAGAAUUUUCGACAAUUUACUGCUGUGAAGCUUGAUUUUCAUUUCAAAAAGAAUCAAAUCAAAUUAUUUUCACACACUUUUUUUUAGUGGAUAUUCAAUCUUCAACUUCCUG